GAGGCAGCACGCAAAUGCGCCGAGUCACACUCCUACUCGAGAAGGUUGUGUGUGUGUAUGUGUGUGUAUGUGUGUGUGUGUGUGUAAGAGACAGAGAGAGAUAGACGGUGCGUCACUGUGGAAGCACUGCACAGCUCUUCCAGUCCUGUCUGCAUUUGGACAAGUCACGCAGAGACAACAGAAGAAGAAGAUGCCAGCAAUUUUGGUCUCCCCCAAGAUGAAGUCAGGAUUGCCCAAGCCUGUGCACAGUGCUCUGCCCAUUCCUCAGGCUCACAUUCAGACACGGGCGAUUCAGAGCAGUGGCGCGAAGCUCAUGCAACACUCUAGUCUGAGGAGAAGCAGCCAGACCAGCACCAGCGCUCCACAGAGGAAGAGUCUCCACACGAGCAAUGAAACGUCUACAGAUCCACAGAUUUACACAGACUGGGCAAACCACUACCUGGCAAAGUCGGGUCAUAAGCGUUUGAUCAGAGACCUUCAGCAGGAUGUAGCUGAUGGAGUUCUUCUGGCUGAGCUCAUCCAGGUUGUAGCCAACGAGAGGAUUGCUGAUAUCAAUGGCUACCCAGAAAACCGCUCUCAGAUGAUUGAAAACAUAGAUGCCUGUCUUGGCUUUUUGGCAGCUAAAGGAGUGAAUAUAAAGGGUCUCUGUGCUGAAGAGAUCCGCAGUGGCAAUCUGAAAGCAAUCCUGGGCCUGUUUUUCAGCCUAUCACGAUACAAACAGCAGCAGCAACAUGAGGCACUGAAGCAGGCCAAAGACGAGACUCACGUCCUCGAGGUUGCUCGUGUCCAGUGUCCCAGUCCCUCCCAGGUACACUCCCCCUGGUGCACUCCCCAUACACCUUCCUGUCCGGUCCACAUCCAUGAGCAGGACACCAGUGCGUCUGGGCUCAAGACGCAAGAAGACAUGCAGUCCAGAUUACCCGGUCCUUCGAUCCAGCCCCGGAGAUCCAGCAGCAGACGCAGUCAGAGCUUUAUACAUCGUGACGAGUCCCCGACGCUAACCUGCUUGCAGCACACAGAUAAAUCAAGUCCUUCUCCAGUAAUGCUUGACCAAGAGCCUCCCAGCUCUCCUGUUCUUCAGUCAGGAAGCACCAGCAGCACCAAAGGAUGGCGAAGCAAGUCUCUCAACGCCAAACACAGUGCAACCUCUUCUAUUCUCUCCAUCAAACAGCCCUCCUCACCUUCCCUGGAGGUUCCUCCCAAAGUCAUCGCUCAGAAGUCCAUGCUAGACAAGCUGAAGCUUUUCAACAGCAGACCCUCUUCUCGGGCAUCCAGCAUCAUAUCUCUAGAAGAUCCUGAAGGUUCAAAUACAGAUCUGAAUGAAGCAAAUAUUUGUCAUGUCCAUCCUGAAGCCCAUCUGGGAAACCAGCAACCUUUAAUGGCGAGUAACUCCAGUCCUAAGCUUGCUCUGAAAGGGAUUGGGCAAAGGACGCUGAGUAGGACUUUGUUACCUAAAAUGAAAGCUUCUGAGAAGGACAAAGACAAAGUAAAGGCGAAAGGUAAAACAGAUAAAGAUAAAACAACAAAACGGUCUUCGGGUGUUGAGCAAAACCGGAAUGUGGACGAACAAAAUGAAACCAGGGCUGAACCUUCGACAAUGACUGAAGGUAAAAAAUCAAGUUUGAUUCCCAAAGGAACCAAGAGCCAUAGCAACACUAAGAAAGAAGUGUCUUCACAGAGCAGUAUACCCAAACCGGGGCACACCAGUAAAGUCUCGGGGGUGAUAAAGAACUCAGUUGCACUCCCUGGUGGAAAAGUGGAGAAUUCUCGUGCUUUCAGAACUGGAGGUUCUUUAUUGGCGUACAAAUGCUCAAUGGAGAACAAGAAUUUUAACUCCGCUACUAGUUUGGUGGAAGGACGAUGCAGUCACAACACUUCCACUAGUAUUGCUCAGACCAGCAACGUGAACAACAUCCAGCUUCCUCAAACACAGCACAGCCACCCCAACACGGCUACAGUCGCCCCCUUCAUGUACAGGUCUCAGACAGAUGUGGAUAAAUCUGGCAUGAGUGAAGGAGGGGAAUGGAACAAGGAGAGAUCAAACCUUCGCAGCAAAUCCAUCCACACGUCUCUGGAAAGCCUGAAAGGUGAAGAUUCUGAGAGCAAGAGACUGCGGACAGUGAAGAAUAUUGCUGAUUUAAGACAAAACCUAGAGGAAACCAUGUCCAGCCUGAGACACGUCACUCAUAUCAGUCACAGUACCCUGCAGACGACUUUUGAUGCCUGUAUAACCACAGAGAUCAGCACCAAGGGCUCACUCGGCCUCACGCCCUGCCCUGUCUCGGCUUCUCCAUGGCGACAGAGUGCAUCCAGCCCGCGUCUACAGGCAGGCGACGCCCCCUCGUUAGAUAGCGGAUAUAGCAACACGGGGGUGAUGUUGGAGGGCAUGACAACAGACAGUGCAGGUUACGUGAGCGAUGGCGACAUCCUGGGAAAGAGUGUCAGAAUGGACAGCGCCACCAGCGGUUACGUGACAGACGGAGGGCAGAGUGUGUAUACACUUCGGACACACAAACACUCCUCCACUCUCCUCCACUGUGAGAGCCGCACUGACAUCGACAGCUGGGACGACAGCAGUUCAGUCAGCAGUGGGAUCAGCGAUGCUCUAGACACAGAUGAACUCAACACCAGCUCGUCUCUCAGCUCCUUCGUCAACACUCCAUCUGCUCCACGCCGGGACAUAGAAGAGCAGCUCCAGACUGACGCAGAGAAGCGCUCUGCCUUUGGAUGCGGCUCCACCUGGAACGAAGCCCUUAGGCGCCCAGACGGCUGCUCGGACCCAGACGUUGUGAUGGAGACCAACUCAAAAUGGUGCAACCCUUCAGAUUUCUCAGACGAAUUGGAGAGCGGUUUGACCAGGCGCAAACCACAUACCAUAUCUCAGACAGGUUCUUGGAGGCGAGGCAUGAGCACCCAGAUGGGCAUCACCAAUCCAAGGACUAAGACUCCAACUCCAACAAACUGCAGCCCACUCAAAAUCCAUAGUAAUGGCAAAACAGACGACGCCAAAGUGUCCGAGAAAAGCCGUUUCUCACCGCAAAUACCUACAUAUGAAAGCAAGAAGCUGCCUUCAAGCUCUGGCUCCCACACACCCACCAACACAUUUGGCUUCAAGAAAACCUCCAGUUCAGCAAUAAUAACUGCCAGUGGUGCAGUACUAACAAGUGGCUCUGCUACUCUGGGGAAGAUCCCUAAGUCCAUAGGCUUUAGCUCAUCUCGUCUGGUAGGAAAGCACACUAGUGUCGAUGAUGGCUACCUCCCCCCGAGUAGUCGAACCACCCUCCAAUACCGGAGUCUGCCUCGGCCUAGUCGUUCCAACAGCGGCAUGGGCACUACCCGCAGUACUGGUCGCCCCAUUGAUGCUAGCCCUAUUAGCAAAGGCACUGCAACUCUGCCAAACCCGAAAAGCCGUAGCCUAGCCAGGUCAAAUGCGAACAAGACCGACAGAGAAAAGGGAGUGUUCUCGGACACGGACAGCCUAGCUUUGGGACCACUAAACAAAGCCAGUUGUGGUGCUCAAUGCCAGCCAGGUAGACAAACAGCAGGCAAGAGCUCGGAUACAUCCCCUACCUUGCGCAGACUCUUUGGGAGUAAACCAGGCACCAAGCCGACCCCCAACACCACCUCUGAGAACAUGAAGAACUCCACCAUAAUCUCCAACCCACACACAAGUUCCAUCCAGACCUGCAGUCUCGCAGCAGCACCAGUCAGUAGUGGAGGCACACGUGGUGUCCUGCAUGGGGAAACUCUACCAAUCAUGCAGAACUCAACAAGCAACGACAGUAUGAAGGCAUCUCUGGGCAAAGAGGUGAUGCUUUCAACAUGCUCUGAACGCACUAGCACUGUCCGGGCUGGCCAGUCAGACAGGUAUUCUCACCUGCCACAAGGACGGGCCCACGACGACGCACGCGAUUGGAUGACCUGUCAUCCCAAUGGUGGAAAUCAGGACCUGCCAGGCUCCUCCACCUUUUCACCCGCCUCCACCCUCAGCUCACCUUCUGCAACACGCUUCAACUUCAACACCAUUGGUACACGUGUAGAAGGCAGUCAGACCAUGGCUGUGCAGAUAAACCCAGCUAUCCCACGGCUCUCCAGCAGCUCUGCCAAUCAGGACGGGCCACACGAGCAGCACGCCGACUCUCGUCUACGCAAUGCCACACUCACUCUGGUGGAGAAAACCCGCACCAUGAGCAGCUCCGGAUCUUUCCGUGAGCCGCCGGAGGAAGUACAUGGCUCUUCUCUGUCUCUGGUGUCCAACACGUCUUCUGUCUACUCCACGCCUGAAGAGAAGUCUCAGUCUGAGAUCCGAAAGCUCAGGAGAGAGCUGGAGGCGUCUCAGGAGAAAGUGUCAACGCUCACCACUCAGCUUAGUGCCAACGCUCACCUGGUGGCGGCGUUCGAGCAGAGCUUGGGCAACAUGACAAUCCGAUUGCAGAGCCUAACAACAACAGCAGAACAAAAGGACUCCGAGCUGAAUGAAAUGAGGAAGACCAUCGAGCUGUUGAAGAAGCAGAACAUCGCCGCCCAGGCUGCCAUUAGCGGAGUCAUUAACACCCCAGUGACCCCAAACAAAGACUCGUCUAGCGGUUCUUCUCUCUCAGCAGCAGCAGAAGCGGCAGAUCUGCAGAUUCAGCGCCAGCCAUCGUCUGAUAGCGUGUCGAGCCUCACCAGUCACUCCAGCCUGGAGCUCGACGCCAACAGCAAGAAGAAGAGGAAGAACUGGUUAAGGAGCUCCUUCAAACAGGCUUUCAGCAAGAAAAAGGCGCCAAAGUCGGCCUCGUCUCAUUCAGACGUCGAGGAGAUGGACGAGUCCUCUGCGCCUUCAUCACCCAGACUGCCGUACGGCUGCCACUCCGCCGGGACGUCGCUGCUGCGACACUCCCACUCUAACUCACUUCCUCUUCUUUCGUCGCUCUCCAUUUAUGGAAAUGGUUGGGGUUGUAACAGUGCUCCCAUCAGGACCGGCUCUCUGGCUCGAAUCUCCGAGUGUACGGACUGUGAGACGGAAGCGGUCAUGCAUUUGCGCAGUGAGCUGCGCGAUAAAGAGAUGAAGCUGACCGACAUCAGACUGGAGGCUCUAAGCUCCGCCCACCAGCUCGACCAGCUCCGAGAGUCCAUGAACUGCAUGCAGGUGGAGAUGGAGAAGCUGAAAGUGGAGAAUGAGCGUCUGAGAACACCCAGUAGGGGGAGCUGCAGCACAACUACAUCACAGCCAUCUGUGUGUCCUUCAAACCACGGAUUGUCCACUCAGUUGAGCCUGACCGAGUCCACUAGCCUGGACAUGCUGCUGGAGGACAGCAGCGAUGGCGGCUCUCGUAAAGAUGGACACCACGUAAAGGUGGUAGUGAGUCUGAACAGAGACCCGGAGCGUAAAGAGGGCUGCAGACGGCGUGACUUUCUUAUCGGCUGCAUUGGCGUCAGCAAUAAAACCAAAUGGGAAGUUCUGGAUGGUGUCAUCCGACGUCUCUUCAAGGAGUACAUCAUACACGUGGACCCGGUCUCACAGCUGGGCCUGAACACAGACAGCGUGCUCAGCUACGGUAUCGGAGACAUUCGGCGCACGAGCGAAGCCGACACGCCAGAGCUGCUGCCCUGUGGCUACCUGGUGGGAAACAGUGACACCAUUUCCGUCCACCUGAAAGGUGUCGAGGAGCACAGUGAGGACGCGCUGGUGUUCGAAACGCUCAUCCCAAAGCCUAUUCUAAAUCGCUACGUGUCCCAGCUCAAGGAGCACCGGCGCAUCGUUCUUUCUGGACCCUCAGGCACCGGAAAGAGCUACCUGGCUAUGAGACUGGCUGAGCACAUGGUGCUGAUGGAGGGACACUCACUGAGCAAACAGCUCAUUACAUCUUUCAAUGUGGACAACAAGUCCAGCAAGGAGCUGAAGCAGUACCUAUCGAACCUGACUGAGCAGUGCAUCAGCAGCACACGGGCCGCAGAAGCUCCUCGAGUCGUCGUCAUAGAAAACCUGCACCAUCUCGGCUCCCUGAGCGAGAUCUUCAACGGCCUGCUGAACUGCAAACACCAACGCUGCCCCUAUAUAAUCUGCACGAUAAACCAGACGUCGUCAACCACGUCCACCCCGGAUCUGCAACUUCACCAUAAUUUCAGAUGGUUACUUUGCGCCAAUCACGCUGAACCAGUGAAAGGCUUCUUGGGCCGUUUUCUGCAGCGGAAGCUUCUGGAAACCGAGAUCAGCAGCCGCACGCGUAACGCUGACCUGGUGAAGAUCAUUGAGUGGAUCCCGUGCGUCUGGCAGCAUCUCAACCACUUCCUGGAGAAACACAGCUCCUCUGAUGUUACCAUCGGGCCACGCCUCUUCCUGUCCUGUCCUAUGGACGUUGAGGGUUCUCAGGUGUGGUUUACAGACUUGUGGAACUACUCCAUCAUUCCCUACAUGCUAGAUGCUGUUCGUGUGGGGCUGCAGCUGUAUGGUAGAAAGGCAGCCUGGGAGGACCCAUCUCUCUGGGUGUUGGAGAAUUACCCCUGGCCCCCCGGCCCCCAGCAACUCCAGUGUCCUUCUUUGCUCCAACUGCGGCGUGAGGACGUGGGCUUUGACAGCUUCCCCUGUGAACCUGGCACACAGGGCACAGAGAUCACACUGGACGGGGCAGAAUGUGACCCACUGAUGAAUAUGCUAAUGAGGCUAAAGGAGGCGGCUCACUGCACCGGCCCGCUGAUCGACGACAGCGACUCCCUGCAGCAACUGUGACAGCGAGGACAUCUCUGAAAUCUCAUUGGUCGAAUCUAUACUGUGAUCAACCAAGCAAUACGUCUUACUCUUCCGUGAAGAGAAAAGUUUACUAUCAGUAACGGCAUCAACAACUGGAGAAUCACUGAUGGAAUGAUAUGGAUCAUAAAAAAAGAAAUGACAAGCAUGGAGCAAUUAGACUUGUUGCUAACACGGUUGGCCUUGUUGACUUUGUGUAACGAAUCUAACUGUUUAAUCACAUGACCUUUGUGAUUACUUGCGGCACCUUGUUUUUUCCUGUGAACAAAGUAUACAUGCCUUCGUAACUAGCCGUCAUGCUAGCUUGAAAUCAAGCCACCAUAAUUGUCACGCGCUCCACAUGUCUUGUUGAAUGGCUUUCGGCAUGCAAAGUGGAGGAAACACUUAGACACCGCCAAGUUUGUCGUUUGCUAGCAACACGUGUGCUAGCUAACUGUACAAAUCGAUUCACAUUUUCUGCAUAGUCAUGGGGUUUUAUAUUUAACAGUCGAAAAAUGACUCUGUGUUGAUCGAUCUUCGGGUGUUUCCUUCUGCAUUGUCGAAUGCACCGUAAAUUUAAGUCGUGACGUAAAAAAUUAACAGAGGAGAUUAUAAUCAAAUUAUAAUAAUGUAGUAGUAAUAAUGACAAUCGUUUUGAUGACGUCAAAUGGAAUUCCAAGGAAUUCGUUUGAGUGAACAGAUUAGUCAAAUUGCAACAAAAGCAAUCAGUUUUACACAAUGUUUUACGGAAUAUGAAAACAUGCAGCGUUAUUACGUCACAAGUUCUACGAGCCAAUCAGGUUGCGGUAUGCAGAUGAAGGCCACAUAGGGCAUCGGUUUACUGAAAAAAAAAUCAGGCUUACCUAUUGUUUGUAUUCCAUAUUCAAUCCAUUUGGAUUCAUGUUCAGAUUCAUGGAUUCUUGGAUUCAUGUUCAUGUUUCUGGGUUUUAAAAGCGUUGGGCAUUUUGUCUCUGUCUUUGAUGUAUACAGCAAUACUGGAUUGUUCUCAACAAAUUUCAUUGUUAAAUUUCAUCUUUAGACACUGAAAUGUUCCGGUGGAGCAAACACAGGAUGUCUUGAAUUUCUUUGGACAUGUAGUAUAUACCAUGCACAAGUUUCUUUCCUCAGUUUAGUGUCUCAAGGCUGCUCUGAGCUCCAGCUUCUGCAGUGUGGGGUUUAAUUUUCAGCAGAAAUACAUUUCAGGACAUCAUGGUGCAUAUUCAAGGUCUUUUUUUUUCAAUACGAGUUCAGACUUGACUAAUCUUGUGCAUGCACAAUCAAGGAAAUUGUAUCACGUGGGCUCUUUGGAGCUUCCGUGCACAGUAAGGAACAUUGUACUGUAGGUGGUGCUCAUGUUUCCAAACGCCUUACAACUUUUCUAGUAGGAAUCUUAAAUGCUGGAAAUGUUUCCGCACACUUUGACGCUGGUGUGUUUAAGCGGAACAUGUUUCUAAUUAAAGCCAUCAUGAGAAAUGAGUUUCUUGAACAUCUGGUGAGGUCAUCACAAGAGCUUGGUGCUCCGUUUUACAGCCAAAACAAAGUGUUGGAAUUUUCAUGCUGGAAUACCACAAAUCAUUGUAGCUUCCAGAAUUUCUUCAAAUCACGACACUUCAGAGGAGCGGUUCGGAAUUUCAGAUCAAAGCUACUCUGACUCCUCCUUUUACUCCUCCUUCUUAUGACCAACUCAUCAGCAAAUUUUUACUCACUGUAUACUUAUAUACCUUGCAUAUUGUUAAACGAGUCUAAUUUUGUCAAUUUGUCUGAGGUUCUGUAGAAAAUGGUAUCAUUAUUUCAGGUCUAGAAGCACUUUGAAAGAAUACGAACCGCUCCCUUAAUCUCAUCGAAUUCUCCGAGACGGUGAUGACUGCCUGUUUUCACGAGAGUCUCCUUUGUUCGAACGGAGAGUGUGAUUAGGGAAUUGAUUAUGUGAAUUGCCAAAAGAGGAGAUUAAAAAGACCUCUUGUUUUAUGUGUCCAUACACAGAAGCACUUUGAUAACACACACACACACACACACACACACACACACACACUCAGUAGUCUUUGGUACUCUUUUGCCUAAUCUAAAGUCCUCUGAGUGAUUUGCUUUCCCAAGAGCCGAGUGCCGGCGUGUCUAGUUGGUCGAUCGGGAGAAUUAUCCCACUGUGUUUUUUUUUUUUUUUUUUAACACUGUUUCAAAGGAGCACUCUGCGCUGCUUUUGUUUAAACGUCUGCACUUUGUUCGCUCCAGAAAUGAAGGCUUUUUUUUUCCUCGGGCCUUCGUGUGACAUACAGCGUCGGAAUUACGGAGCUUUUCUCGACGGACCGUCGGAUUCAUGGGACCCUAUGCAAUUUUUCUUUAAUAGUUGUGGAUUCUAACACUGACACAUUUUGUUUUCAAACAUUGCUCGUAUUUUUUUCUUUUGGGAAAUUUGUACGAUACGUGUGUACAUUUGAAACUUUGUACCAGAAAUUGACCAUGUUCUCUAACAGUUUUGUAAAGUUAAUGAUGUACAGAUGAGUUUUCUAUCACCAUGUACAGAUUGUUCAGGUUUUUUCUUUUUUUUUUUUUAGCUCUUGGAAAAUAAAGACCAUAUGUCUCUCA